AACCUCAAUAAUCUAAGCUGUUAAACACGCCGAGAAGACAGUCCAUUCUCACACGCACACUUUUCAAGUUGUUUCACACUCUCACAAUGCUUUUAUUUUAUUUUUAAUUUUUGAGAAUGGAUGAAAUGAAGGAGAAUAAUAAUAUUAGUAGCGUGUGCACAAAUUCCAUGGAGAAAAGAGAAGAGAAGAAAGAGCUAACAAGAUCAACAAUAUUAAAGACAGAGAAUUUCAAUAUGGCAAAUACUUCCUUCAUUACACCACCACCACCACCACCAGCAACAACAACAAGUGAUAUUGAUCAGAUGCCUAGUGUUUUUGCUUUAUCAACAACAGCAACACCACCACCACCAUUAAAUAGCAUCUUUGACAUGAUGCCAUUUGAUAUUAUUGGUGGUGAUCAAAAGGCUGGGUCUUUAGGAUUUACGGAUUUGCUUGAUAUCAACCAAGAUUUUGGUGCCGCUGCUUCUUUAUUCGAUUGGUUUGCUCAAAAUCCGAUUGUGGGGUCUCAGCAGCAACAAACUUUUGUCCCAUCACCGGCAUCAACUCUACCGGAAACAUCAGAGGUUUUGAAUAACCCAGCAACUCCAAAUUCAUCAGCUUCUAUCUCUUCCUCUUCGAAUGAAGCAGGAAAUGAUGCUUUCCAACAAGUUAAAACUGGAGAUCAAGAAGAAGAGCAGGAUCACGACAAGACCAAGAAACAGUUGAAACCGAAAAAGAAGAACCAAAAAAGGCAAAGAGAGCCGAGAUUUGCAUUCAUGACAAAGAGUGAAGUCGAUCACCUAGAUGAUGGGUUUAGGUGGAGGAAGUACGGCCAAAAAGCUGUGAAAAACAGCCCCUAUCCAAGGAGUUAUUAUCGUUGCACUAGUGCAGGAUGUGGUGUGAAGAAGAGAGUGGAGAGAUCAUCUGAUGAUUCAUCUAUAGUUGUUACAACAUACGAAGGUCAACACAUACAUCCAAGCCCAUUAACUCCUAGAGGAAGUAUUGGAAUUUUGUCUGAUUCAACUGGUUUUGGUGCUGCAACAUCAUCUUUUGUUAUUCCACAAACUCAGUAUCAACAACAUGCUUACAUGUAUAGCUCAUCACCUUCUUUGAACAUUAAUACCACGAGUAAUACUAGUUUUAGUCCCACCUUUUCUUUUCACCAGAGAAGGUCGGAUAGUCCAGCUUCUUUGCUUAGAGACCAUGGCCUUCUUCAGGAUAUUGUGCCCUCCCAGAUGAGAAAGGAGCCUAAAGAGGAGUAGAAAUAUUUCCUAUUAGAUAUCGGUAUGUAAUUUGAUCUCUAACUUACUUGUGGGGUUCUGUAUUUGUAGACGAUCCCAGUUCACAUUCUUCAUGAUACAGAACUUUAUUGAUGUUGGAAAAUGACUGCCCUUGUAGCUUAUGCGGGAGAAGACUAGUUAAUCUCUUGAUUUCUUUUGUUGUAUUCUUUGUAUCCAGAGAUUAUUACAUUACGGAGAUGUUGGGUUUUGUGUCA